CUCGCUCUUGUUUUCAGUCUCCGUUUUACAAAUAGCUGCUGCGCGUGUUGUUGUGUUUGGCCCAGUAUUUUUCGUUCGUUUUUCGCAUUAAAUAAGGCUAGAAAAGUGUCGUGUUUGCCUAUGAGUGCGAUGUCAAAUAUCGAAUCGAAUGUUAAGCUGUUGCGGGCGGUGGAGAAGCAGGCGCCUCUAUAUGAUCGGGGCAACGAUAGUUACAGGAAGAGGCUGCCCAGCGAGAAUUGUUGGGACAUGGUGGCCUCGGAGACAGGAGAGUCGGCGGAGAAGUGCAAGCGACGGUGGCGGGUUUUGCGCAACGAUUACGCUCGCUGGAUGAACGUUGACGCCCAGCGGCGUCGCGCAGGUACUAGGCGCUUACCGUUCCAAUACGCGAAAGAUCUGAGUUUCCUCAGGCAACACGUGAACGUCAGCGAGGAUAUCGUUGACGAGGACGAAGAUAACGAGAGUGAGCGCGAAAUCACCGGCGAGAACGCGGACAGUAAGACCUUGCAGCCCUUAAAAGGGGACGCCAAGCUGCAGGCAAUGCCAGUUGACGAAAAGAAGCCGGCCAAGAAGCAAGGGGCGGCAUUGCAGGAAACUAAGAACAAGUCGCCUGACUUCGACAACAUAGAAGAGCGUAAAUCCGCGGAGAGGGAGAAAGGCAAAAAGAAGAAGGAGCCCAUCGACUUCAGCUGGGACGAGGAGGACGACGAGCUCAAUUCGGAGGACGAGGAAGCCCCACCCACAAGUCCAGUCUCCACUGCUCAGGACACCGGAAAGCCGACGUUCUUCAUCAAGCAGACCGGCGAGGACAACCGUUUGAUCAUUCGCAAGAAGAACUUGUACGCCUCUGGCUCCAGGGAUCCGCUCGAGGAAGGGAUGGAUGACAGCGCCGACGAGUCGGGCGGCACUGGCAGCGACAGCCUCAGCGGUCGUCGUCCACGUCGCACCGUCCGCGCCACAGGAGUGGGCGGAGUCAAGCAGCUCCCAGUGAAGAAGGCCGCCACCGAACAGCGGCUGACCCGACAGCAGCGCCAUAAGUCCAUGGGUGUGGCUGCCGCUCGUAGCUCCACAUCCCCAGUGAAAUUGACCCCCGUGCCGAAGUAUAUGUCCAACAGGAAUCAGGCUCGGUCGCAGAAUAUCGAUGUAGUGAAUAAGGGACUCGCCAAAGCGUUUGCCCUCACCCGAGACGAUAUCUUUCCACGUCCGAAAGCUCCGGCUCCAACUCCGGCAUCGUCACAGUCACAGCCACAGUCCCAGCCACAGACACAGACACAGUCCCAGCCAGGCAGGAUCAUUUCGCGUCGCAGCAGCACCUUCGCAACCGCUUCGACGCUAACGAAGCGGCAGGUGAACAAGCCCGCCAACAUGAAUAUCCCAGUCUCGAGUCCUACGCCAAUCAGUCAAAGCUCAGGCUCAGCCAAAGCUCCACCCCCCAUCUCAAUCCCAGUUUCAGUCUCACUCCCAUUCCAAGCCCCCCCCAAGGCCACCCCUGUCUCGACACCCUCAUCCGCAGCGAGCAGCUGCAUCAGCAACAAUGCCCUACUCCUCACCAGCUCGCUGCCAAGCUCAGUGACGGUGACCACCCUGCUGGCUCCCUCAACGAGCGCAGUCUCAAGCAGCGGCCCGGUGAGUGCCAGUCCAUUGCUGACAAUAGCUGGAGCUGGAGGCGGAACCACCAAUGUUCCGUCUUUCAUGACACUAAGGUCCAGAACCGAGCGAGGAAUGCAGACAGAGAGCCUGGACAUCUUCUCUGAUGAGCACUUCCUGGAGAUGGUGCGCCCGCAGAUGGCGGAAAUGAAUCCCCGCCAGAAGCUGCACUUCAAAAAGAAGGUGUUCCAGUCCCUAAUGGAGACCUUUGACGACGCAACUGACUUCCCAGCCGCUGGGGAGCAGCAGCACUUCAACAUCAACACUCCAUCUGGCUUUGAGCACAUCUCGGAUCGUGAGAUGCGCCUGGUGCGGGAGCUAGUGAGUCUGGUUAGUGCCGCCAAACACUCGGGCGCCAUCACUAAGCCGCCCCCUCUGCCCGUCGUCCCGGACACGCUGCGCCCAGUAGUUCGAGCCGCAGCCCCACCUGCUGUCGCAGUCGGGCAAUCGCGCCACCUCAUCCAGCGCGUCUACAAGCAGAGCAACGGGAUGAGCCUGGUCGCGUCCCCGGAAGAGAAGAAGAUCUACCGUAUCGUGCAUACGAACGGCAAGCCGCCGGGCGCCGGCGUCGGAGUCGGAAUCGGAGUUAGUGUCCCCGCGGAGGAGCUGCGCAAGAACAGCGUCGACAGCAACUGCUCCGGAACCAGCAUCAGCCGUGCUGCUCCGGCUCCUCCGGCCAGUCCCAGGAGAGGCACAGCCGUAGCCGCCAUACGCCCACAGGGCACCUCCACGAUGAACACCUUCUUCGGGCCGAACCAGCCCCAGGUGGUGCCCGCUAAGAGCGGACCCCUCAUCAAGGUGCGCGAAAUGCCGCGUAGAUUCUCCGUCUGUGGCAGCGGCGGACCCAUCAUGACCUUGGGCCCGCCAUCCGGCACCACGAACGUGACUUCGCUCAGUCCCCAGCAGAAUCUCAGUCCCAUGGAAGCACAAAUGCUCAAGCGUCGCCUGAUGGGGGCCCCCGCCCCGGGCAAUGUCCCGCCCAAUCAGCGGCCCCGCUACUCGGGGAGCGCCACAGCUGGCCCCGGAUCGGGAGCUGCCGCUGCCCCACACGCCAACAGUAUGCUGCUGAAGAAGUCGGCAGGCAGCGUGCCCGGCAGCCAGAAGCAGCCCUCGCCGCCCGGCGGGGCCUCGGCACCGCAGCGCACCCCGCAGAUCACCAGCGUCCAGGGAAACGCCUUCAACGACUUCGUGCAGCCCAAGCCGGCAUCCUUGUCAGGAGGGUCCAGCUCUCCCCUGAAGCGGAGCCUGGUGGUGGCCAACGCCAAGAAAAGCGUCCCUGGUCAGAGGAUUGCCAUGGCGGAUGUGCUGGCUGAUCCGCAAGAGCAGGAGGAGCGUCGAGCCCAUCAAGCGAAGGAGUAUACGGAGACCGCUGCCACCAUUGCAGCCGAUGACUUCUCGGUGCUGGGCGGCGGCAUGGGACUCAAGCGCGAGCCGCAGGACUCAAUGGAGGAAGAUGCCGACGACAUAUUGGGCAUGUAAGCGAGUCAGAAUUCGAAUAGACCUUGACGCAUCUUUGAGAUACAACAGAUUAACACAUAUAUAAUCCCCAACAAUCUAGAAAGUAAGAACACUACGACACCAUGAAAAACAUAUGAUUUUUUUUGCCCUUGGAAUAUAAGAUAAAAUAUCGGAUAGCCAAAAAUGUUAAUAGUUUCGAGGAUUUCAUAAAUGUAAUCUAAUCUUCAAUUCAAAUACUUGACACUCGUACAACGGUUAAAUAAAUUAAACGAUUGAUUUUGAUUCUUUCCAUAAACUUUAUAUAUAUAUAUAUACAUAUAUAUUCUUCUUCUUAUUGAUGUUUCACAGACAGAUUUUGGUUGAAGCGUCGAAUAAAUCGAAUACAUCUUCCCGUAAAUUAUUUGAAAUAAAAGUUGUAAACAGAAACAGAAAACACCAACCAAA